ACACGAGCGGCCGCCGCAGGCGGAGGCUGCGCGCCGCAGACCCGGGCGGUGCGAGCGCGAUGGCGGCGGCGCGGGGCUUGGGCUAGCUGCGGGCGGCGCGGAUGGCGGGCGGCGCGGGCUGGGCGGGCGCCCCCGCGGCUCUGCUGCGCUCCGUGCGCCGCCUGCGCGAAGUGUUCGAGGUGUGCGGCCGCGACCCCGACGGCUUUCUGCGCGUGGAGCGCGUCGCGGCGCUCGGCCUGCGCUUCGGGCAAGGCGAGGAGGUGGAAAAACUUGUGAAGUGUUUGGAUCCCAAUGACCUGGGGAGAAUCAACUUCAAGGAUUUUUGCCGUGGAGUAUUCGCCAUGAAAGGGUGUGAGGAGCUGCUGAAGGACGUCCUGUCGGUAGAGAGCGCGGGGACCCUGCCAUGUUCUCCAGACAUCACAGACUGUGUGGAGCAGGGCAGCGACUUCUCUGGCUCUACCUUUGCUGAUGGCGAGCUCCUCCCCAGGGAACCCGACUUCUUCCAGGAAGACGAAGAGGAAGCAAUGGCAUUGGCCCUACCCGAGGGACCCCAGGAGUUAGACAUGGACAGCCCCAUGGAGAGCAGCCAAGGCCCAGAGGGCUCUGUCAGGAGUUCUGGCGAGGAGAAGGAACCUGAGCUCGGGGGCCUGUUCCUGCCAGAGGACAAGUGCCUCGUCCUCACUCCAUCCAUGACCACGUCAGACCUUUCCACUCACUCCACCGCCUCUCUCAUCAGCAACGAGGAGCAAUUUGAAGACUAUGGCGAGGGGGAUGACGUGGACUGUGCUCCCAGCAGCCCUUGCCCCGACGAUGAGACCAGAACCAAUGUCUACUCAGAUCUAGGAUCUUCAGUGUCUUCCAGUGCGGGACAGACCCCAAGGAAGAUGCGACAUGCCUACAACAGCGAACUGCUGGAUGUGUACUGCUCUCAGUGCUGCAAAAAGAUCAACCUGCUGAACGACCUGGAGGCACGGCUGAAGAACCUGAAGGCCAACAGCCCCAACCGGAAGAUCUCAAGCACAGCUUUUGGACGGCAGCUCAUGCACAACAGUAACUUCAGCAGCAGCAAUGGCAGCACCGAGGACCUGUUCCGUGACAGCAUCGACUCCUGCGACAAUGACAUCACCGAGAAGGUGAGCUUCCUGGAGAAGAAGGUAACAGAGCUGGAGAACGACAGCCUGACGAGCGGGGGCCUGAAGAGCAAGCUGAAGCAGGAGAACAUGCAGCUGGUGCACAGGGUGCAUGAGCUGGAGGAGAUGGUGAAGGAUCAGGAGACCACAGCGGAGCAGGCGCUGGAGGAGGAGGCCCGGCGACACCGUGAGGUCUACUGCAAGCUGGAGCGGGAGAAGAGCACAGAGCUAGAGCUGCUCAACACCAGGGUGCAGCAGUUGGAAGAAGAGAACACAGAUCUGAGAACAACUGUGGCUCGACUCAAGUCACAGACAGAGAAGCUGGACGAGGAGCGGCAGCGCAUGUCUGACCGGCUGGAGGACACCAGCCUGCGACUGAAGGACGAGAUGGACCUUUACAAGCGCAUGAUGGACAAACUGCGGCAGAACCGCCUCGAGUUCCAGAAGGAGCGGGAGGCGACGCAGGAGCUCAUCGAGGACUUACGGAGAGAGCUAGAGCACCUGCAGAUGUACAAGCUGGACUGUGAGCGGCCAGGUAGGGGCCGCAGCUCCUCUGGCCUUGGCGAGUUCAACGCCAGAGCCCGUGAGGUGGAACUUGAACAUGAGGUCAAGCGUCUGAAGCAGGAGAAUCACAAGCUGCGGGAUCAGAAUGAUGAUUUAAAUGGGCAGAUCUUGAGCCUCAGCCUCUACGAGGCGAAGAACCUCUUUGCAACCCAGACCAAAGCCCAGUCUCUGGCUGCAGAAAUCGACACAGCAUCUCGAGAUGAGCUAAUGGAGGCCCUAAAGGAGCAGGAGGAGAUCAACUUCCGACUGAGACAGUACAUGGACAAGAUUAUCCUGGCUAUACUGGACCACAACCCCUCCAUCCUGGAGAUCAAACACUGAGUCAGGGCUGGCUGCAGAGCGGCCGUCGGACCUGGGACCUAGGGGCAGGCCUGCCUGAGGGUGAAGAUGCAGGCUUCACCCACACUCACUCUGUAGUUGUACCUCUGAGCACCCUGUGUGUGUGUGCUGAUGUAUGUGCAGGAGGCUGUGCACACACAAGCAAGGAGUGAGCUUGGGGCCAUGGCCAUGGGUGAUAACCCAUGGUGAGCUGUGAGUGCACUUUGUAGCCCCUUUGUGAGGGGCAGAGGAGACUGGAUGUGGGAGGGACACUCUCAGGAGUUAACAGCAAGGCCUGGAAGCUUGCAUUUAGGAUACUGAUGAAAUGAUUCUACCUCUGUGGAUAAAGGUUAGAAGAUACUCUCAGGAGAUGGGUUCUCUCCCUCCCCCCACUGGAGUGGGGACAAAACUGUUACAUUCUCCAGAAAUUGGUGUCCUUGCCAGCCUUUCAGGCCACCUUUCAAGCCGGGGUUGUUUUUUUUUGUUGUUGUUGUUUGUUUGUUUGUUUGUUUGUUUUUUAGCUCAGAGGAGGGAGGGGUAUUGGAGAGACCCCAUUCGGGCUAGCCCUCUGGGGUGCAGGUAAACAGGUCCAGUGGACUUGGGCUUGCAGAGCAGCUAGUGUGCACUGUCUACGCCUUUUGGGCUGAGUCCUGCGUAGUUUUCUGUGCCCUUCCCAGUCUUGCUCGCCUACCUCCCCUUUCUGGUUUGGCUUCAUUUUGUUUUGAAGAUGGGAUAAGCAGCAUUCAGCUGGGGGUGGAAGAUAGGCCAAGAAGAAGGGUAGGGUGCCUCAAGGCAGGUCUGUGUUAGCACUGGGGGCCAGAAGGAGUGAUUCCCUGGGGGAGAGAGGUGUGUUUUCAUGGCUACAUCAUCACACGUGACCUCUCUGGGUUCCAUGCUCCUUGGUGAGGACGGGCCUAGGGAAGUGUUUCUAAGCUGGACACCCUUUCCUCCAGCUCUCAAGACCCACCUGAAUCUGAGGUAAAGAGGGGAACUGGGGCGUGUGCCCUGCUUGGCAGAGACAGGCUUCAGCCAAUUUCAGUCCCCAUUUAGAGAGCAGACACUGCGGGCAGGAGGGCCAGUGGAGAACACUGGGGGAACCUUAGUCUUCCAUUCUGUGAAUACAUGAUGGGGAUUCACCCCUCUGUGUGUAUGUAGGGGGGGGUGUUAAAAUGUGAUCUGGGAGUAGGUACUGUACUCAGAGCGUUCUGGUUUAUCUCAGUUUUAUACAGCUUGUGACUGGCUUCCUUACUCCAGCUCCUAUAAAGGUGUAUGGUCUCAAGUCUUCCCCUUUAGUUUGUUUUCUUGAGCACAUCUUGUGUAAAAAGGAAGGUUUGGGCAUGUUGGGAAGGCUAGUGAGCAGAAAGGAGGCCCAGUUGAAGGUAAAGAGGGGAUCUGGGGUAUGUGCCCUGCUUGGCAGAGGCAGGGCUGCGGCCAGUUUCAGUCCAGUCUUUGGCUUUUGAGAUUCGGUUUAAUCAUGCACACAGAGUGUAUCUCAUGCCGCACAGAUAGUGGGUGCGCCUGGUCUGCCUGGAUGAGUCAUACCAGGAAGACGGGUGCUUGAUCUGAGAAUGCAGGGUCUCCUUCUCUGGGGUCUGGGCAGAAACAGAGAAAGGAGGCUGGGUAGGGAGUCUCGUGAGGAAGGAUGGGAAGAUAAACCAUGGCUUGUGUCUAGUCCAGGUGCCAUGCUGGCAGAAUGCAGAGACCAGCUGAGGGUAGUAGGUCCUGGUCAGAGAGGCCUACGCUCGGGUGAGGAUUUCACACUUGAAAAUUGUAUGGGCCACCUGCUUCACUUGUGUGCAGGUUUCCAGAGAAGGCAGAGGCCAGAGCCACAAUGUCACAGAAGGGGAAGGAAUCUGUCAGGGAGCAGGCAGGGAAGGAAGGCUUUAGGCCCAAGUUGUAGGGCUGGAAGAGUGGACUCCCUGAGGAAGUGACCAGAUCUGGAGGCCCCUGUGGACCUGGACGCUUGCUACAGGCCUCCGGAAGAAUGAUUUCUGAAUGUGGUCUCACUUCCACGCAACAAAAAAACUCAGCGAAAUCCAGCCUUCUUGCUUUCCCAGCCAGAAUACACUUAGAAAAUGUCAACUUCUCCAUAAGGUCAUAUUUGCUGCUUCUCGUAGUGGUGGCAGUAGGUUUCUGUUAUUGAGGGUUUUUUUUUGUUUUUGUUUUUGUUUUUGUUUUUUGAGACUUAGUCUUACAUUGUAGCUCUGGCUACCCUGAAACUCAAGGCAAUUCUUCUGUCUCAGCCUCUAGAGUGCUGGGAUAGGUAAGAAUCACCACAUCCAUUUUGUCUUUAAAAUGUAUUUUUGAAUGUCCUGGGUUCGAAGGCCCAGGGGUCCCAGUGCCACACCACCCAUGGGAGGUUCCAGGACUUUCCUUGCUUGGCAAGAAUCUAAUCUAUGUCUGCUGCCUCCCUGGCUCACUUUCCAGUUGUGAGCUCCCCUUGACUUUCAUGAGUCUAGAUGUUAGAUUUGGAUUUCAGAUAAACAAGAGGUUUUAGAAACACGAUGUUGCAUGCCAUCCUUGAUGGUUAGGGAGCUUUUUAACAUUCUGGUCCUCACCCAUUCUAGUGGUUGGUUCAGGUGUGGCUAAGGCCUUGGAAUGUUUUAAGAAUGCCUCAGGCGAUGCUAAUUUAGUUAGGUUUCCUGUGAAGGGGUGUUGCUCUUUCCCAGUUAGACAACUCCCUUGAGGAAGGGUCUGCAGUAAUUUGCCAAAGUCCAGGUAGGUUGGGGGCCAUGUAGGGGAACACAUCUUUCAUGUGACACUUAGCCAUUCUUGUAUUCCCCUGGGAGCCAAACAAAAUGAGCUGCUGUCUCCCUGGUUUGUUUCCUUUUAGUUUUGAAUUAGCCAGAUUUUUUUUUUUUUUUUAGACUAGUAAUUUUCUUUGAGACUCUACAGAGGAAGUUCGUUUUGAAAAUCUUAUUUCUGAUAUUCUAAAACCACAAAGCUCAAGGACCAUGCAGAGCACCAGGCCUUGAGCCUAAGUCUGCCUGUGUGCCGGUGUCACCUGGGAAGGACUCAGAGCAUCUGAUGUUGGAAGGUCGGGAGUGUAGUACAGGGGUGGAGUGCCUGGCGGGAGGUUCAGUCCCUGGCAGCAUGGAAGGAAGCUGAUGACAGGACCAACGCUGACUUCCGUAUAUAAGGGCACAGGGUGGCGCCCAGCACCUGUAUCUUCAAUGGCCUUCCCAAGUGUUGUUCAUGCACAGCUCAAGGUGGAGGCUUCUAAAACGUGAAGUGUCUGCUGAGUUCCAGCAGGGCUGGAGAAGCAUGCCCAUGGCCCAGAGGUUGGAUAAUUAAGACACUGAGUGGUCCUUGCCCUGACAGAGAGUGCACCUGCUCCCACCACUCUGGAAGUCUUAGCCUGGAAGGGCAGGACACAAGUGCCAGCACUUGACUGAGCAUAGGCCCAUUGGGAAGUGGAGGCAGGUAGGCAGGGAAGAGUUGGACCUUGAAAGCAGCCUCACAUGUACUUGCCUCCAUAGGUUUUGUCCAUUUCCUGGGGGUGUCCCAGUUGCUUCCCUGUCAGUGCCAAAUCAGCACCCAACCCACACUCUGGAGAACUCUAGGUGAUGGUCUGAUAGCCAGCUAGUCCUGAGUUGAUGGCCCAGGGGCUGUAUAGAGGAUCUGAAGACUCUACAGCAAGGCCCAAGGAAUCAGGAGGACUUCCCUCAUCUGAGGGGCAUUGGCAAGUCUACACCUAUCUAGACAUGACGGAUGGGACCUGGGAAAGAUUUAGGGUAGUUGCCAGGCCAGCCACCAGGAUGUGCAGUGACUGUAGAAGUCCAGGUGAAGCUCGUUAUGGCCUCAGUGCUGCCUGUUACCCCACCCCCCCACCCCUGUCUUUCCUCCUACCCCACCCCUCACUGGGGCCCAAGGACUUCCCUCUGUGGUGGCUCCUCAGGCUGGUAUCACUAGCAUGCACUUGCCGAGGGGCCUCGAGUUAGAGCAGCCAGAUCUUUGCAGGGCCCCCCUGUCCUGACUUCCACCCUUACAGAGUGUACUCGCCAUGGAUGAGGCAUGUAUCAGGAAAGAGUAGAGGUAGCACUUUCAGAGAGGGAAAGCUCUGUGGCUCGGCCAUCUUUCAGCUGCUCAGCUAAGCAAACAGCCUCUGGAAAAGGCAUUGUUUCGAAGCAUAGUAAGGGGACGGGCCUUGUCACCCUAGUCACUAGGAGCUGGAUAGCCUUGGUGUCCCUCCCGUGUGGGCUCCUCUUCUUCCCAUCAUGACCGUAUCGUAGGGAUGUGCAUUCCUGAGGUGCCAUCUGGAGGGCAGCGUCCCAGGCCACCUCUCCUACAGGCCUAAGUUCCGAUGGCCCUGUCUCGUGUUGAGACUGUCUGCUUUACUGUUCUGCACUGUUUUCUUGUCUGCAUGGUUUGGGGUCCUUGUGCCUUUUUUCCUUGUUACCACCACACAGGAUUCUCUGUUACCCACUGCCCCCUUUUGUACAUCCCUUUACCCCAUCUUCCCCAGUCCUGUGUGUAUUCACCUGUGCAGCCAUAGGCCUCUACUGAGGCCAGCUGGCCAACACUUUACCCCACCAGGCCCUGAUUUCCCAUAGCUCCCCCAACUCUGUUGACUUGGUAACUUUUGUACAGGAUUUUGUUACAAUCUUACGCAUAGGGACCACUUAAUCCCCAUGCACCUGCUUAGAAGCCCUGCAGCCCAAGCAAGGGCAGCUUUGUGCAGACCAGCCUCUCCCAUAAGCCUCUUCCUCCUGGGUUCAGAUAUUUAUAAAAGACAGAUGUCCUUUCACAUGAGGCACUGGCCCCAGCAGGGAGGCUGCAGGUCUGCAAAGCUCUGUGCAUGGCUCUUCUGGAGGAAGCCCCAGCCACGUGGUUUCUAGUGCUUGGCAAUACAUCUGGGUUUAGGGCCAUUGCCUCUCGUGUCUCCCCUCCUGUGUGCUGAAGGAAGACAUUUGCCACUGUCCCUGCCUGCUAUCACUACCUGUCCAGCCCUUCCUUGUCUGCUGGUGCUCAGACCGAGUGCCAUUAAUCACCAGACUUUCGUCAGGACCUGCACAGGACAGAGUGUGCUGAGGACUCACUGCCUGUUGGCUCCCAGCUUCAACUUUUCAUGUGGGGCUGGGCCUUCUGGGGCCCAGGUGGAAGAAGCAACCGGCGAUAGGUUCUGACUUGCCAAGGAUUACAUCUGGGGCUUUGCCCCAGAAGCCAGUAAUUGUUAAAUGGCCUUAGCUUUGGGGUUGGGAAGAGGCUUCCACUUUAGGCCCGCCGGGAAAGGAGAAUGGGGUGCAGCCCAGGCCCUGAACUGUUUGUUUCCACUCUGUUCUCUCCAGAAACAGGCUUUCAGUGGUGGGCACCUUCCAAGGAACUGUAAUGUACAGACCACAGUGUAAAUAAAAAGUUGGCUUUUUGUGCCUGA